AUGUCAUUAUCGACAAGCCAGAGUAGUCGUGACAAUCAAGGGAGUGAAGCAAAAACUGCUUUGUCCAUGAGGGAUCAGAUGAGAGAAACACAAUCGCCUUUCAGUUUCUAUACUGACUCAGACAUAUUGGUGUGGUUAAAAGGCCUUGCAAUUGACCCUGGAUAUUGUAAACCCUCCCCAGGUUCAGCUCCACAAUUAUGGAGUCAGAGUCUUGAACUACGGGGACUUUUGCUUCUUGGUAAUGACUUCUCUCCUCGGAGUAAGCGAAAACUUGAUCAGUUUCUAAGAGGUGGUAGAUUCUCAGGCGCUUCGGAAUUGGAGAUGAAGAACUCUGAUGAUCAUGUGAAGAGAAUUUGUAGAGGGCAUUCUGUCUCAGGCUCAACCAAUACAGAUGUCAAGAAUGAAAUUUUCAGACCACAAUGUAGUUCACUCAUGUCUGGAAAUUCAUUGACAAAUGAGGAUGAAUAUCGAGGGAAACAGUGUUGUCCCGAUUUGACCGUUCCGGAUGAUAUGGAAAAAUACGGUGCUCUCUGCAAGGAUUUUUCUGCUUCUCCCCUCAGUGAUACAGAUAAAUCAGUCCAUGGUAUGAGCUCAUCAAGUGUGGAAAAGUCCAACUUCUGUGAUGCAACCGCUUUGAAGGCUAAUGAUUCAGUUGACAGUUCAUAUUUUCCCAGAUUAGAUUACUAUGAUUCAGAACUUGAAAAGGCAUUGAGGUUAUUGGUAGAUGAUAAACUUCAAUUAUCUGUUACUUCAGCUCACCCUACAGCUUCAUUGAGGUCAGAGGAGAGAAAUCCUAAGGCUAGUCAAAUAUUGAGAAUUGUUUUUGCUGAGAAUCCUUUUGCUGAUGGCGAGUAUUUUCGAAGGUCCGUUCCCGUUGGCCGUGAUUUUCAGGCUGAAGUUCCAGAGUGGACAGGACCGGUCAAUAGGAUUAAGAUUUAUAGUGAGGAUGAUGAUUCAAAAGUGUCAAGGUGGUUAGGCACACGUAUGUGGCCCAUCAAAGGGAGGCAAUGUGGAGGAGCCACCAUUAAACCAAUUGGGAAAGGGAGACCUGAGUCUUGCUCUUGUGUCUCUCCAGGAUGUGUUGAUUGUGUCAAAGACCAUAUUCAUGAGACACGACUUUGCUUGAAGUCCGAGAUUGGUCCUGCCUUCUGCAGUUGGAAGUUUGACGAAAUGGGAGAAUUUGCCUCUGAGUCAUGGAAUUCAAAAGAACAGAGAACCUUUGAAUCUCUUGUGAGAACAAAUCCACUAUCAAAAUAUGAUGGCUUUUGGAAGCUUGCCUUUAAGCGCUUCCCUGAUAAGCGCAAGAAGAGCAUUGUGAGCUAUUACUAUAAUGUGUUCAUCCCUAGACGUAUGAGCCUUGCGACUAGAUCUUGCCUUGAUAAAAUUGUCAGUGAUGAUGACUACUGUGAUGAUGACUAGAUAGAGUUAUAGCAGAGGGAUAUAGUGUAAAGUUAGAGUGGUAGACAGGUUCUGAAGACAUGAAACUUUUGAGUUUUUAGCAGUUUGAG